AUGGAGGUUCCGCGCGACGAUCUGACAUGGGGGAGGGAUCUCACAACGGCACAGCAAUUGGCCAGCAAGGUUCACUGGAGAAAACUGAUGGAUCUCCCUGGCUUGGAUGCCGACAACGCAGAGCUAGCGGACGGCGAGAGUGACUGGGACGAGGAUGAAUGUCGACCACCACGGUCACCACGCUUCAUCUGCAAGGGACCACAGGGUGGUCAGGUCAUCAUCUUCUCCGCGUCUGGCUCAUUCCUGAAGCCAUGGCUGCUGGUCAAGAUCGGAGGCGCGCCGGUGGGCACAGAGAUCUCCACAGCUUUGUUGACGUCGAUUGCAUCGGUGCCUUUGCAAACGAAGGAGGCUGGAGCCAAGCGUAUUUGUUCGGUCUUCAACACAGACCAGAUUCUGUUGCUGCCUGCAGUUUUUCGCAUGGAGCGGCGGCACGCUGGAUAUCUGUUCUUCGACGGCGUUGGCCAGAUCUACCGCUUGCGAGAUGAAGAGAUUCUGCUUGCAGAGCAUGCAUGGACCGCCCCCAGUUUCAUCUCAAGUGCUUCACAGCGGUUGGUAACUUUUACCUUUCACGAGAGUGAUGCAAAGCGUUCUUGCCUUCUCUCCGUCUUGGAGCGCUUCGAGUACUUCCAGAAGGCUUUUGGGCAGUGGCAGGAAGGCCAUUCUUCGGAGAUGUGCAUCGUCGAUGUGGAGCCUGGGACCUUCGAUGUAUUCUUGCAAUAUUUGCACGCUGGACGACUCGGGAAGCUUCCGCUGCAAACCUGGCUUUCCUUGCUUCAGCUGGGCAACAAGUACGUGAUGCACCAUUUGAUGGCUAUCAGCAGGGCGCGGAUCCUUGGCAUUCUUGAUGAUGAAGAGGUUUUUGGCCAAGAGAAGCCAAGUGUGCUUGCGGACCUGUUGGCUUUUGCCAGCAAGUGCGGGGGCGUUUUCAAGGUCAAAGUCAUGGAUGCCAUUGCUUGCUACCGCUCCAGUCUUGUGGUGGACACGGACUUCCUAGCACGGGUGUCGUGCAGUUCGGUCGAGGCAUUGUCUCACUUGCUGGACUCGCUCUUGAAGCCAGAUAGCCACCUCGAGAGCCGGGAGGCCAAGAGACGGAAGCUCCUCCACACUCGUCAAGCGGCUCUCUGGAGGGAGGCAGGCGAUGCGCCAUCAUGGAGCUCUCUUUGA